GGCCCAAAAUAUUUUUGGGAGAAACAAAAUGAUUUCGCGCCUGCCGUAAAACGGUCUCAGACACCCACCAAAUAUUUUCCCUUCUCUCUCUGUUUCUUCCUCGCCAUGUCCGGACGACGUUCUCGCCCCUCCUCCCGCAGCAGAAGGGGUCAGCCACCGCAACAACCCCAAAGCCUUAAUUUCCCCCUCCAAAACUCCAGCAACCCUACCCAAAACCCUGGCUUCACUCCUCCUCAGGUUUCGAGCUCUGCGGUCUUUUGGCCUCAGAACUCGAGAGAUAUGCUCGAGAGUAUUGACCGAGCCGUGGGGAAGGCUCGCUACGAGCUUGCCGCCGCCGGAGAGAACGUCUCCGCUUGGAAGGUCGUGCAGUCGACCCUUCUGAUGCUCAAAGUUGAUAGCUGGGAUUCUUUGGGGUUUCAGAUGCAGCAAGUGCCGUAUCUGAACCUCCUCAUGCUCACCGAAGCGAAGAUAAAUGCAUUUAUCCAUUGUUUCGUUGGAGUUCAAAGCAUUACUUCAUUGUAUGAUUUGGAAGUAGCAAUCUGCAAGAAUGAGAGAAUUAAGCAGUUUGAAAAGCUGGGAUUGGGCCCUUUGUUGCGACACCCACUUGUUUUGCAUUAUUUCUCGGUGAAGUCUGCUACAACUAAAGUGUUUAAGAUAACUAGUGAGGAGAUAACAUCUCUACUUUCAGAGUUCAUGGAUACUUCUAACAAUAAAAUGUUUAGCCCUGAAGAAAUUUUAGAUUUCAUCGUUAAGAGGCGAUCUGCUGCAAGCAAGGAAGAUCUUGGAAUACGAAUUUACAAUCUGGGGAAUUAUAUUUUUGCCAUUCAGAAAGCCAAGAGAUUAGAAAUGAAAUCUGUGAAGGGAUUUGAGGAAGAAAUAGUUACAGAAUGUAGGCAGAGUCCACUUUUUUCCGCACUGAAAAAUCAGCUAGAUGAACGUUUCAGCACCAUUUCUCAGCAUGUUGAAUCGUUUUCCUCCAUGCACAAGGAUUUUCGUGGCAAGCACAUUAGAUUUGAUUCCUCAAGCUUAAAGGAUGAAGAUAAUGAGAGUAAGGGAGAGAAGGUUCAAGAUGCCCUUCCUGUGGAAAAUGGUAGGGAAACCAAUGAGGUCAGCAAUUUGCAUGAAGAUAAACUUUCAAUUGACAAUAACCGUAUGAAGAUUUUUAUUACAACCUGGAAGGAGGCAUGUCAGGAGCUCACUGUGACUGAGGUAGUUGAUAUGAUGCUGCUGUAUAAUAAUACCACAGCUAAGCGGAGAAAGAAAAUCAAGUCAAUGUUUUCCCUUCAUCCAUUAAUUGGAUUACUUAACGUUGCUGUCUCGUCUAUCAAAUGUGGAAUGUGGGACAGCAUGUAUGAUACAUUCCAAACUGUCAGUCUUACUGAUAACUGUCCUGAAUAUGUGAGCAUAGAUGAACCAAUUACUAAAGAUGAACCAAAAAUUAAGGAUCCACCGGUCGUCACUGAACAUACUGUUGAGCAUACGCAGAGUGUUUCUGUUGAGGACAUAAUCAGAAGUAUUACCCUGUAUUUUGAGAGUGAUCAAGGAAGGCAUUACAAUAGCCAAUCACUUCAGGAGAAGAUAUUUAUCUUCUUGAGAAAGCUUUGCGAUUGCGAGCUUUGGCUGGUCAAAGAAUUUGGCCUCAAGGAAUUUACAUCCCUCGGUCAUGGGGAGUUUUUUAUCUUCUUAGAGAAAUAUGCUUGUCUACUGCCAGACGAGCUGUGCAAGUUCCCGACUGGUGACGUAACGGUAAAGUGUCCUUUGGAGGUUUGCUUGCUCCAGCACCAUUUGGUUGUUUUAGUAUCUCAAGCUUUGAAUAGUUUAUGGGAGGAUGAAAACAUUACUAAAGAAAAAAUAUUACUGCUGCUUAGGAAGCAGUUCCCAUUGGUUAGUUUCACAACUACUGAAAAUGGUUCAGCGGAAGAUUUCUUAAGUAUAGUGGGAAAGCAUAAAAAUGCUGCGAUUUCCAAAUGUGUUCUAUUUUCAAUGGCACUAUGUGGAACUAGUUAUGCUAGACAGUCAUCAGCACAGAUUGAGAAUGUCCUAUGGAACAGCACUUUAAUCGAUACUGACAGUGGCCCGAAAGCAAAGCCUUAUGAAUCUGUUACAUCCAAGGUUGCAAUUGAAGUCUUACUUAGGGCACCAAUGAUGUCAGAUUUAAACUUAUGGUCACAUUGGGACCUUUUGUUUGCUCCCUCUCUUGGUCCUCUUUUACCAUGGCUGUUGAAGGAAGUCAACACGGAUGAACUGUUGUGUUUGGUGACAAAAGAUGGAAAACUGAUUCGGUUAGAUCAUUCAGCAACUGUUGAUUCAUUCUUGGAAGCUGCACUUCAAGGAUCCUCUUUUCAAACAGCAGUGAAAAUGCUAUCUCUAUUUUCACUAGUUGGGGGAGAAAAACAUGUUCCUGUCUCCCUUCUGAAAAUUCAUAUACAACAUGCAUUUGAAGUAAUCCUGAAGAAUUAUUUAGAUGGUUUGGAAGUACAUGACAAUAAUAAUUCUUUUAAUUAUGGAGAACCACUGUCUAGACAGGAAAUUGUUGGUGAAGUUGCUGCUGGUAAAUUGUGUAGUAAAUUACACAGUGACAUAGGCAAGAUGAAUGGUGCAACGUCUGUUAUAUCAAGAUUUGUCCUUGAAUGUCUUGGGUAUCUACCUGCCGAGUUUCGUGAUUUUGCUGCUGAUAUAUUGCUUUCUGGGAUACAAUCUGUUGUCAAACAUGCUCCCUCAGCCAUUCUGGGUGAAUGUAUCAAACCAGAACAGCGUCUCAUGCUUCACGAAGUUGGGUUGUCUCUUGGUAUAGUGGAGUGGAUUACUGAUUACCAUGAAUUUUGUUCCAAGGAUGCUACUGACUUGUUCAUAUCUGCGGAUUCACUUAUGAAUUCUGUUAGUUAUGGAACAGGGUCAAGCUCAAUGAUUGUGCAAGAUGUGUCAGAUGAGUUUUCUGCUUCUGAACAGAGCAUGGGUGCAUCUGGUAGGCCAGAUGAGCAGACAACUGGAUGUACUGGUUGUCUGAAGAUUGAUAGUGCAGAAGCUCCUGAUGCUAGAAAUGGAUAUUGUUCCACACAAGGUUCUGCGGAGCUUAAUAAGCAUGAAGAUGCAGCCCAGGUAAUUGAGUCAAUCCGGAGAGAUGAAUUCGGUCUUGAUUCAACCCUACAAGGUGUUGAAAGUAUCAUGCUAAAGAAGCAGCAUGCUCGCUUAGGGAGAGCUCUUCAUUGUCUUUCACAGGAAUUGUAUUCUCAGGAUUCACACUUUCUUCUUGAGCUGGUUCAAAAUGCUGAUGAUAAUACCUACCCAACAAAUGUAGAACCAACUCUAACAUUCAUUCUUCAAGAAUCAGGUAUUAUUGUAUUAAACAAUGAGCAAGGAUUCUCUUCCCAGAACAUUACAGCACUUUGUGAUGUUGGAAGUUCCACCAAGAAAGGAUCUAAUGCUGGAUAUAUUGGGCAGAAGGGCAUUGGUUUCAAAUCAGUAUUUCGGGUCACAGAUGCUCCAGAAAUUCAUUCCAAUGGGUUCCAUAUCAAGUUUGAUAUAAGUGAGGGUCAGAUCGGGUUUGUUUUGCCAACAGUUGUACCUCCCUGCAAUAUUGACUUGUUUAGUAGGCUUACUUCUGGUGGCAAUGAUCAAUCUGAUCGUGACUACUGGAACACUUGCAUUGUUCUUCCUUUCAAAUCAAAAUUAUCAGAUGCAACUGUCAUGAAAAAUAUUAUAAAUAUGUUUUCAGAUCUUCAUCCAUCUUUAUUACUCUUUCUGCACCGCCUCCAGUGUAUCAAGUUCAGAAACUUGCUCGAUGAUUCACUUACUGUCAUGAGAAAAGAAAUUGUGGGAGAUGGUAUCGUUAAGGUUUCACUUGGGAAAGAAAAAAUGACAUGGUUUAUAGUAUCUCAAAAAUUGCAAGCAGAAUUUGUUCGUAGUGAUGUACAAGAAACAGAGAUCUCGAUAGCAUUGACUUUGAAGGAAUCCAAUAGUGGCGAUUAUAGUCCAGAUUUACGCCAACACCCGGUUUUUGCAUUUCUUCCUCUAAGAACUUAUGGCCUGAAAUUUAUUCUGCAGGGUGAUUUUGCCAUUACUUCAUCUAGAGAGGAAGUGGAUGGAGAUAGUCCCUGGAACCAGUGGCUAUUGUCAGAAUUUCCAGGUUUGUUUAUCAAUGCAGAGAGAUCUUUUUGUGCUCUUCCAUGUUAUAGAGAGAAUCCAGGCAGAGCUGUGGCAGCUUAUAUGUCCUUUGUUCCGCUUGUCGGGGAGGUGCAUGGCUUCUUUUCUUCUCUUCCUCGAUUGAUUAUUUCUAAAUUACGUAUGUCAAAUUGCUUACUCCUAGAAGGAGGAAACAAUGAAUGGGUUCCUCCUUGCAAAGUUCUAAGAGGUUGGAAUGAACGUGCUCAUUCACUUCUUCCUGACAGUUUACUACAUGAACAUCUUGGCCUUGGGUUCUUGGAUAGAAAUAUUGCGCUGUCAGACCAACUUGCAAGUGCACUAGGUAUUGCGGAGUAUGGACCCAAAGUUCUUCUUCAAGUUAUGGUCUCUUUAUGCCAUAAACAUAGUGAUCUCAAAUCAAUGGGGUUUGGUUGGCUGGCCUUUUGGCUAAGUGAACUUUAUGCAAUGUUUUUCAGUUCAUCCGUGGAAGCUUCAUUUGACUCUAGAAUUCAAAUGGAUGUCAUAGAAGACCUUCGAAAAAUUCCAUUCAUUCCUCUUUCAGAUGGUACUUACGGUGCAAUAGAUGAAGGCCCAAUUUGGUUACAUUUUGAUGCCUCAUGCACUGAGCUUGAAGCUCAGCACGGACUUGAGUCCUUUCCACACUUAUAUGCAAAGCUUCGGACCGUAAAUCCUGCCCUCCUUUCUACACUGUGUGCAGAUAUGUCAUCCAUGGAUGUGACCACAGUUGAAAAACUCACAUGUAUACUUUUCCGAAUUGGUGUCCAGAAGUUGUCUACACACGAAAUUGUCAAAGUGCACAUCCUGCCAGCUAUGUCUGAAGAUAGAAUUAUGGAUAGGGAUAAGAAUUUGAUGAUUGAAUAUCUCUGCUUUGUUAUGCUCCACCUACAGUCUAGCUGCUCCAAUUGUCAUGUUGAAAGGGAAUAUAUAAUCUCUGAAAUACGGGAUAAAGCUUACAUAUCAACAAAUCAUGGCUUUAAACGACCUUCUGAGGUAUCAAUUCAUUUCAGUCAAGAAUUUGGUAAUCCCGUCGACAUAAUGAAGUUGAUUAAUAUGGCGGAUAUGAAGUGGCAUGAGGUUGACAUCUCCUAUUUGAGACAUCCUGUCACAAAGUCACUCCCAUGUGAACUGGAGAAGUGGAGGCAAUUUUUCCAGCAAAUUGGGAUAACGGAUUUCGUCAAAGUAGUUCAAGUUGUGAAGGGAACAGCUGAUAUUUCAGAUGGACUAGUUAAGAAUUUGAUAUGGGAUAAGGACUUAAUUUCCCUUAGGUCAAAUAUCAGAGAUUGGGAAUCCCCUGAAUUGGUCGACUUAUUGUCACUAUUGGCCAGAGAUGGCAACAAAAGAGGUUGUGAAUAUCUUUUAGAGGUUCUUGAUACUUUGUGGGAUGAUUGUUAUAGUGAAAAAACUACAGGUUAUUGUGCUUCUAACUCUGAAGCCAACAGAAGGCCCUUCAAAUCUUCAUUUAUAAGUAGCAUCUGCGAUGUGCAGUGGGUAGCAUCAGCGAUGGAUGAUGUGCUUCACUAUCCUAAACAUUUAUAUCAUGACUGUGAUGCAGUGCGUUCGACUCUGGGGGCAUCUGCUCCUUUUGCGAUUCCAAAGGUGAGAAAUGAGAAUUUCGUACGUGAUAUUGGCUUUAAGACAAUGGUUUCUCUUGACGAUGCUCUGGAGGUCCUGAAGUUAUGGAGGCGUGAAAACGAAUUCCAGGCCAGCCUAGGGCAAAUGUUGAAAUUUUACACAUUAAUCUGGAAUGAAAUGGCUGCUUCAACGGAGAAAAUUGCAGAGGUUUUCCAUUCAGGACCUUCAAUAUUUAUUCCUUAUGCAUCUAGCUUCAGGCACGAGGAUGUGGUAUCUGGUACAUUGUUGUCCCCUGCAGAAGUAUACUGGCAUGAUUCCACAUCCUUUGUAGACCAAAUCAGAGAAAUUCAUCAUCAGUGCAGCUCAGCAGGUGUUACUCAUGGCUCAUUGAUUAAGAUGCUUUGCAAUUUCUACCCAGGCCUUCAUGACUUCUUUGUUAACGUCUGUGGAGUCCAUGAGAUCCCUCCUCUCCGAAGCUACCUUCAGAUUUUGCUUCAUUUAUCAAAUGUUGCUUUGCCUUCACAAGCAGCUAGUGCAGUUUUUCAAGUUUUCCUGAAGUGGACUGAUGGACUAAAAUCAGGAUUGAGUGCUGAGGAUGUUCUUUAUUUGAAAGAUUCGCUUACAAAGAUUGAAUGUACGGUGCUUCCUACUUUACAAGAUACGUGGGUUUCUCUACAUCCGUCAUUUGGUCUUGUGUGCUGGUGUGAUGAUAAGAAAUUAAGCAAGCACUUUAAGCACUUGGAUGGCAUUGAUUUUAUAUACUUGGGUGAACUGAGUAAAGAUGAUGAAGAGAUGCUAUGUAUGAAAGUGUCCAUCCUCAUGCAGACUUUAGGGAUUCCUGCUCUUUCAGAGGUUGUAACUCGUGAGGCAAUAUAUUCUGGUAUCGAAGACUGUAGCCUUAAAGCUGCAUUGCUGGAUUGGGCUCUUCCAUAUGCUCAGCGAUACUUGCAUGGUGUACACCCAGAUAAAUAUUCUCAACUCAAGCAGUCUGAAUUUGAGAUGCUGAACUGUCUGCAAGUAGUAGUUGUUGAAAAGCUGUUUUACCGGAAUGUUAUAAAGGCUACUGGAAGUGAAUCCAAGAAGCAAGUUGAAUGUAGUUGCCUUCUGACGGGUAGCAUUUUGUAUACAACCCAAGAGUCGGAUUCUCAUGCAUUAUUUCUGGAGCUUUCUCGUUUAUUUUUUAAUGGAAGUCCUGAACUGCACUUGGCAAAUUUCCUUCAUAUGAUCACAACCAUGGCAGAAUCAGGUUCAAAUGAGGAGCAGACUGAGUUUUUCAUCUUAAAUAGCCAAAAGGUACCAAAGCUUCCUGAUGGUGAAUCUGUUUGGUCCUUGUCUGGCUCUGAGGCUAACUUGGCAAUGCAUAUCCAGUUUGAUCCUAGUAGUUUAGGUCUUGUGUCUGAUGCUCCUGACCUUGGUUCGUCUAAUUUUAGCAAUAGAGAUCGGCUUAGAUUUGGUACACCCAAUUCGACACAAGCAAGUUUAACUGGGCGGCUAGGUGAGCUUGUAGCUUUUAAAUUUUUUGUUGACAAAGCUGGCGAGGCAGUUGUUAAAUGGGUUAAUGAACACAACGAAACUGGGCUACCAUAUGACAUUGUUCUGGGAGAGAAGAAAAAUAGUAGAGAGUACAUUGAAGUUAAAACAACCAAGUCUACAAGAAAAGACUGGUUUGAAAUAUCGAUGAGAGAGUUGCAAUUUGCGGUUGAGAAAGGUGAAGCUUUCAGUAUUGCACAUGUCGUUUUAUUGGAUAAUAAUGUUGCAAGGGUCUCAGUAUACAAAAAUCUUGCAAAAUUGUGCCAGCUUCACAAACUACAUUUGGCUGUCUUGAUGCCUGAGCAGCAGAAGGAAUUUUCCAUUGUGUCCCAGUCCUAAAAGGUACUUCAUGUGGCCUCUACUGCAUGCCCAAUUGGCCUAUCUAAGUUGAUGUGGCAGCAGACGAUCUGCUUAUUUAACCGGAUUUUAUCACAUCAAAUUGGGAGGCCAUAGGCCAGUUGAUUUGCAACCAAAAGUUUUGACUUUUGGGUGAAAAUUGUGCUGGAAUUGGACAUGCCGAGAACUAUUCGUUCAAACUUCAUCAUCUGUUGUGUGUAGUUACUGCUGUCAGCUGGGAUUCUUCAUAUUUAUUCGAACAAUUCAGUCCCCUUCAUUGAUUUUAAUAGGAGCGAGAGUGACCUCUCCUCUAUGGCGUCUGUAUGUACAAUGGAUAGGAAUUGUCUCUGGCAACAAUGUAUAUAUUUACACUAUGUUUGGACGAAGGAAAUAAACUUGGAAUUUGGAUAAAAA